UAAAUUGUGUAUUUGUGAUUUGGAUUCGCUCCAACUCACUCUUGUUGUUGCUGCCAUUUAGAAACAUCUUAAUAAAAUAAUCAUUCUGCAAAGGUGCAAAGCUUUUUCAUCAACUUCCUGUUUUGUUUUCAGAUAUCUUCAGAGCCACCAACACCUUCUCUACUCUCUGAACUUACAGCGGUUCUGAUACCAGAGACGGUUCUGGAAUACGUUCUGCCAUAAGAGUUGGUUCUAAACUUGCUCCUUGAAUCCUUUACAGUGAGUUCUACAGGUUUAGUAAUUGGUUUCAGGAGUCAUAACAAGAUCCAGGAUGGACUUCAAAUCAGGUUCUGGACCCCGACUGGGUUCCAGAGUUCCCUCGGUGUUCACCGUGCUGCUGGUCGUCUUGUGUUUGGCGUUCGUCGAUCCGGUUUGUUGCCACGGUAACUUCUCAGAUCUGACGCUGCUGGAGCUGCCUGACCUCCAGGGCAGCGACCCGUCUCUGGAUUAUCGGACCCAGACCCCUGAUGAAGAGCCUCAUGUGGUGCAGGAGACUGUGAUCAAAGCCCCGCCCCCUCUGGAGAAAGGCAAACCAAAACACGCCAACAAACUGAAACACAAACACGAGAGAAAGCCUUCGCCGCACGCCUCCAACGCCUCGCUGGCGGUCCGGAUGCGCCCGGUGUCGCCCCCUAGCUGCUUGAAGGACACGUCGAUAAAAACGGCUUUCAAGUACAUCAACACGGUGCUGUCCUGCCUCAUAUUCGCUGUGGGGAUCAUCGGAAACGCCACCCUGCUCAGGAUUAUCUACCAAAAUAAAAGCAUGAGGAACGGACACAACGCUGUGAUCGCCAGUCUGGCUCUGGGAGACCUGAUCUACAUCGCCAUAGACAUCCCCAUCAAUGUCUACAAGCUCCUGGCGAUGCGCUGGCCGUUUGCAGACAGUGUGUUGGGUCUGUUCCUCUGUAAGCUGUUUCCCUUCCUGCAGAAAGCUUCAGUCGGCAUCACCGUCCUCAACCUGUGUGCUCUGAGUGUGGACAGGUACCGGGCCGUGGCGUCCUGGUCCCGGGUGCAGGGGACGGGCGUCUCCACGGUAACAGCGGUGGGCAUCGUGCUGAUCUGGCUGCUGUCGCUGCUGCUCGCCGUGCCCGAGGCCAUCGGCUUCAACAUGGUCACCUUCAACUACAAGAACGCCACCUUGACCACCUGCAUGCUGCAGCCCAGCACGCCAUUCAUGACCUUCUACCGGGACGCCAAGGACUGGUGGCUGUUUGGCUUCUACUUCUGCGUGCCUCUGACCGUUUCUGCAGUUUUCUACGGCCUGAUGACCUGCGAGAUGCUCCGACACCAGAAGGGAAGUCUGAGGAUCGCUCUGAGCGAACACCUCAAACAGCGUAGAGAAGUAGCUAAAGCCGUGUUCUGCCUGGUGAUGAUCUUCGCUCUGUGCUGGUUCCCACUUCAUCUGAGUCGCCUGCUGAAGAGGACCGUCUACAUCUCCCAUGAUGCUCACCGCUGUGAGCUGUUGAAUUUGCUGUUGGUGCUAGACUACUUCAGCAUCAACAUGGCAACAAUCAACUCCUGCAUCAACCCCAUAAUCCUCUUCUUCGUCUCCAAGAAGUUCAAAAAGUGCUUCAAGUCCUGUCUGUGUUGUUGGUGUUAUUCUGGCUCUCUCUCCAACAGUAUGCUGCCUCUUCACCAUGGGACGAGCCUGCAGUACAAACACACUGACCACUGAGAGAGAGAGAGAGAGAGAGAGAGAGAGAGAGAGAGAGAGAGAGAAUCUGUAUCUUCAUCAGAAACUCAACAACUGAGAGAGACAUUGUUGUGAUACAGAUAACCACUAUAUUGAUCCUCUAGUACAGUAGUUCUCAACCUUUUUGAGUCGCGACCCCCAAUUUAACAUGCAUGUUGUCCGCGACCCCCACUCACUGAACACAAUCUCACAGUUCAGAUCACCCAAAAAAGACACAAAAUGACCAAAAAAAGGAAACAAA